AUGGGCCCGAUAUGUUCCAGACAGAACUGUAAAUCCUCUCAUGGAGCAACAGCGUCUUAUGUUCGUCAACCACGAGAACGUAUGGCUCCAAAUUAUCUUCUCGUUUGGAUAGAUGCCAGCAUCGAUGAAGGAAUAAAGGAUUGCCAAGACACACUCACUCAACUAAAGAAUGUGGUCAAUGAUGUCAACGUAUGCACUAAACCGAAUCAGUGCAUCCAAGUACUCAACCAAGUUGACAAGGGACGAGCCUUUGUCAUAGCAUCAGGCUUAUUAGGUCAACACUUGGUUCCUGAAAUUCAUAGUAUGCCACAGUUAGAUGCCAUUUACAUCUUCUGUGACAACAAAUCCAGACAUGAGGAAUGGGCACAAAACUGGACAAAAAUCAAAGGUGUCCAUACAAAUAUCAAAGACAUCUGUCAAGCAUUACAACUGGCAGUUAAACAAUGCGAUCAGGAAACAAUUGCUGUAAGUUUUCUGACGAUAAAUGAAAUGGCUUCAACUGAGAAUUUAAAUCAGUUGGAGCCAACUUUUAUGUAUACCCAACUAUUCAAGGAGAUUCUUCUUGAUAUCAAAUACGGCCCCAAUGCAAUCCAGGACUUAGCAGCCUGCUGUCGUUCAGUUUUUAGUGGCAAUACAAUUGAAUUACAAGUAAUUAAUGAAUUCGAACGUGACUAUCGUCCAAAAAAAGCAAUAUGGUGGUAUACACGCGAGUGUUUUACCUACAAAAUGCUUAAUCAAGCGCUUCGAAUUAUGAAUGCUGAUAUAAUCAUUAAUAUGGGCUUCUUUCUACGUGAUGUACAUACACAAAUUCAACAGUUGCAUGAACAACAGGUCGGUAGGUAUGAAGGAAAACCUUUUAUAGUUUAUCGAGGACAAGGUCUUGUGAAAUCAGACUUUGAAAAACUUCAGAAAGCAAAAGGUGGACUUAUAUCAUUUAACAAUUUCUUGUCCACCAGUACAGAUAAAGAAGUGUCUCUCAGUUUUGCUCGAAGUGCUUCAACAAAACCAGAUAUGGUUGGCAUUCUCUUUGUAAUGUCCAUUGAUCCUUGCUUGGAAUCAGCACCAUUUGCCUUUAUCAAAGAAGUGAGUUAUUUUAAGGAAGAAGAAGAAAUUCUUUUCUCAAUGCACACCGUGUUUCGGGUGACCGCAGUUAAACAAUUGGACAAUAACAAAGACCUUUAUCAAGUUGAACUACAAUUAACGUCAGAUGAUGAUCAAGAACUACGAUUACUUACUGAUCGGAUACGAAAGGAAGCUGCUGGUCAUACUGGAUGGAAAAUAUUGGGUGGAUUAUUGAUUAAAAUUGGUCAAUUUAAUAAAGCUGAAGAACUUUAUAACGUAUUACUUGAACAGACAUCAAAUGAGAGUGAAAAAAUGCUUUAUUAUAAUCAGUUAGGAUGUAUCAAAGAUGAACAGGGUGAUUAUGAAAAGGCUAUUUGGUAUUACGAACAAGUACUUGAAAUUAAACAAAAAACUCUUCCUUCCAAUCAUCCUUCAUUGGCUACUUCAUACAACAACAUCGGUACGGUCUAUUACAAUAUGGGAGAGUACUCGAAAGCACUUUCACUUUUCGAAAAAGCACUUGAAAUUGAACAAAAAACUCUUCCUCCCAAUCAUCCCGAUUUAGCUACUCCAUGCGAUAAUAUCGGUACUGUGUAUGACCACAUGGGAGAGUACUCGAAAGCACUUUCAUUUCACGAAAAAGCAUUGGAAAUUAGAGAAAAAACUCUCCCUACAAAUCAUCCUUCAUUGGCUAUUUCAUACAACAACAUCGGUAUGAUGUGUGACAAGAUGGGAGAAUACUCGAAAGCACUUUCCUUUCACGAAAAAGCCCUCGAAAUCUAUCAAAAAACUCUUCCCCCAAAUCAUCCUUUAUUGGCUACUUCAAACAACAACAUCGGUAGUGUGUAUAACAACAUGGGAGAGUACUCGAAAGCACUUUCAUUUUAUGAAAAAGCACUUGAAAUUCGAGAAAAAGCUCUUCCUUCAAAUCAUCCUGAUUUGGCUACUUCAUACAACAAUAUCGGUAAUGUGUAUGACGACAUGGAAGAGUACUCGACAGCGCUUUCGUUUUACGAAAAAGCACUAGAAAUAAGAGAAAAAACACUUCCUGCCAAUCAUCCUUCAUUGGCUACUUCAUACAACAACAUCGGUAUGGUGUAUUCCAAUAUGGGAGAGUACUCGAAAGCGCUUUCUUUUUACGAAAAAGCACUUGAAAUUGAUAAAAAAACUCUUCCUGCAAAUCAUCCCCAUUUAGCUACUUCAUAUAGCAAUAUCGGUGGUGUGUAUGACGACAUGAGAGAAUACUCGAAAGCACUUUCCUUUCACGAAAAAGCACUUGGAAUCAAAGAAAAAACUCUUCCUCCAAAUCAUCCUGAUUUGGCUAUUUCAUAUAACGGCAUCGGUAAGGUCUAUUACAAUAUGGAAGAGUACUCGAAAGCCCUUUCAUAUUUCGAAAAAGCACUGGAAAUUCAAGAAAAAGCUCUUCCUUCAAAUCAUCCCCAUUUAGCUGCUUCAUACAACAAUAUCGGUAAAGUGUGUAACAACAUGGAAGACUACUCAAAAGCAGUUUCAUUUUACGAAAAAGCGCUUGAAAUUAGAGAAAAAACUCUUCGCCCAAAUCAUCCUAAUCUGGCUAUUUCAUACAACAACAUCGGUCUAGUGUAUUCCAGUAUGGGAGAUUACUCGAAAGCACUUUCUUUUCAUGAAAAAGACCUUGAAAUAUGUCAAAAAACUCUUCCUUCAAAUCAUCCCGAUUUUGCUACUUCAUAUAACAACAUCGGCAAUGUGUAUUGCAAUAUGGGAGAGCACUCGAAAGCACUUUCAUAUUAUGAAAAAGCACUUGAAAUUGAAGAAAAAACUCUUCCUCCCAAUCAUCCUGAUUUGGCAACUUCAUACAACAGGAUCGGUGGUGUGUAUAACGACUUGAGAGAGUACUCGAAAGCACUUUCAUUUUACGAAAAAGCACUUGAAAUUCGAGAAAACACUCUCCCUACAAAUCAUCCUUCAUUGGCUAUUUCAUACAACAACAUUGGUAAUGUGUAUUCCAAUAUGGGAGAGUACUCGAAAGCACUUUCAUUUUAUGAAAAAGACCUUGAAAUUUCCCAAAAAACUCUUUCUUCAAAUCAUCCUGAUUUGGCUAUAUCAUACAACAACAUUGGUAAUGUGUAUAAGAACAUGGGAGAGUACUCGAAAGCACUUUCAUUUUAUGAAAAAGCACUUGAAAUUCGACAAAAUACUCUUUCUUCAAAUCAUCCUGAUUUGGCAACUUCAUACAACAACAUCGGUGUGGUGUAUAACAAGAUGGAAGACUAUUCGAAAGCACUCUCAUAUUACGAACGUGCUCUAGACAUCAAACAACAUGCAUUACCUCCAACUCAUCCUAGUAUUAAAAAUGUGAAAGAGAGUAUUGAAAUUGUAAAAAGGAAAUUAGAGAGAAUAUUUGAUAUAUAA